UUCAAUUUAUCGCUUCACAAACUUUCAUCUCCAUCUUCCUUCCCAUCCAUGUGAGCGCGAUCUAAGCAACCUGUGAAUCCGCACUCAUGGGCAAUGGUUGCUGCUACUGGCAACGUUUGAAACACGUGCGUUACGCCUUAUUGCGCCUAACUUGUGAUGGACUACUACAAUGCAAUGCUCAAAGAUCUGUCACCAAUGUUGUUAUUCUUGCUAACAACAAGCCUACUGCGAAUCACGAUCCAUUGUUUAGCCUUCGUAAAUGAUGCAGCGUAACAAGGAUUACAUCACGUGAUCCGUUUGAUGCUCUGCCUAUUCCUAUUGUCUGCCAUGCGUAUGUCGCAAAUUAGAGCACCUCAUUUCACAUUUGCGAUUCAUCAGAAAGAAAAUUUAUGAGUUGCAGCCACCACCACCCGGCAUAUGGAGGUGUACCAGUGUUGCAAUGAGCUCCAGUUUUCCUGAGCUUGAUUUGACUGCAGGUUGCGAUCAACAGUUUGGUAAUUGCACUGCACCAGUUCAGACAUCAUCCGCGACGACAUGCUGCUGCAACCGGUCGAUGCCGUCCAUGUUCUCGGUAGAACCGCCGCGAUUUUCCCAGUCGGGUUGCUGAUGAUGACGAUCAUUCCGUGGGUUAGUCCGGGACUUGGCGGCAACGGCAGCGUCAGCAUACAGCACCGACUGUACCAGAGCAAACAGAUGCUGAUGGAUAGUGAGGCGCAGUUUUUGGCGCUCGACGAGUCUCACAAGAAGCUGGGCGAUGGAUUGAUUAGAAGUGCGAGAAGAGGCAACCGGGAGCCGAAGUUUGUGAGCUUUCACACUAAAAAUGACAAUAUUGAGGUCGAAAUAGACUUCGCCAUUCCGUUUCUCACAAUACCUGUGCAGGAGUCUGUCAGUGGAGUUAUGGGCUCGAUUAUGAAGGGAGUCCCCGCUCUAAACGUAAACGUUGGAGCAGUAAUUCUGGCAGGUUUUCUGGCAAUUGGAGGAGCGUUGUUAGGUGUCGUUAUGCGAUUUUUCAAGAGCCACGGUAUGAUGGGUCUUCUUGGACCAAUGAAACCAACCGAAAAGCAACAACGAGCUAGCGAUUUCCCAGACUUAACCACUCUGUGGUCCUUGAUGGAGGCAGUAGACAGGAGUUUGCAGAAGUUCGACAUCGACGCAACAGCUUGCACACAACGGACGGUUUGUUGGUACGUUAAGGAAGCCAUGAACAAUGUCAUCGAAGAUCGGGCCAGCAAGAUGGACACCGUGAUCAACGGUUUGAGCGAAGCAGACUGGGCACUGAAAUUUACCACCGGUACAGCGAUCGAGGAUGCGAUCCACAUCGGACGACGGAAUCUAAACUGCGAGCAAGCGUUUCCGUCGUGUCGGAUCAAGGCGGAAACGGUGCAAAGAAUUCUGAGGCACACCAAAACAAGGAAGUGAUAGCAGUUUACGAGUUGACACUAGGAGUAGUGUUGACAAGCCACUCAUUAGAUAAGCUUAGCCAAAUUGUAUUUUAGGAACUAAAUAAAGGUCUUAACCAGUACAAACUAGUAAUCGAAAGACUCA